GAUCAGGAGAUAGUAAAGUAAUGGAUCGGAAGGGGGAAGAGAGAAAGAGAAUUAGAAAGGGAAAAAAUAAAAAAUAAAAAAUAAAAAAUGGCGGUGCUGAGGCUACCGACGGCUAUAGCAUUAGGUGGCAGUGGAAGUGGAAGUAAUAGGGUGAGACAUGGGGCAUUAUUUAACGAUGUGGAGGUUAGUGGAAGGAGGAGAGUAGUAGGAGUUAGAGUGGGAGUGAAAUGCAGUAGUAGUGGAGAUGUGGUUGAUAGAGAGAGAGUUGUUGGGGCGGUGAAUCUAGGACCGGGGACAGCAGUUAGGUCAACGAGUAUAAUGGUGGUGGGAGGCACAGGCACUUUGGGAAGGCAGAUAGUGAGGAGGGCACUGGACGAAGGGUACGACGUUAGGUGCUUGGUAAGGCCGAGGCCUGCUCCUGCUGACUUCCUUCGCGAUUGGGGAGCAACAGUUGUUAAUGCUGAUCUUAGUAAACCUGAGACUAUUCCUGCUACUUUGGUUGGUGUUCAUACUAUUAUUGACUGCGCCACAGGCCGUCCGGAGGAGCCCAUCAAAACAGUUGACUGGGAAGGUAAAGUUGCUCUUAUCCAAUGUGCCAAAGCAAUGGGUAUUCAGAAAUAUGUUUUCUAUUCCAUCCAUAACUGCCACAAACAUCCAGAGGUCCCACUCAUGGAGAUCAAGUAUUGCACCGAGAACUUCCUCCGUGAUUCUGGCCUCAAUCACAUCGUCAUCCGCUUAUGUGGUUUCAUGCAGGGUCUUAUCGGCCAGUACGCCGUUCCUAUCUUGGAAGAAAAAUCUGUUUGGGGUACUGAUGCCCCUACCAGAAUCGCUUACAUGGAUACUCAGGAUAUUGCUCGCUUGACUUUUAUAGCCUUACGAAAUGACAAUAUCAAUGGUAAACUUCUUACUUUUGCUGGUCCUCGUGCCUGGACAACCCAAGAGGUCAUUACUUUGUGCGAGCGCCUUGCUGGCCAAGAUGCUAAUGUCACUACUGUUCCUGUCUCCGUUUUAAGACUCACUCGUCAGUUAACUCGCUUUUUUGAGUGGACAAAUGAUGUUGCUGACAGAUUGGCAUUUUCAGAGGUGCUUACGAGUGACACAGUUUUCUCUGUUCCGAUGGCUGAGACAUACAAUCUGCUUGGUGUAGAUACAAAAGAUAUAAUUACAUUAGAGAAGUAUUUGCAGGACUACUUCACGAACAUAUUGAAGAUUGAAGGAUCUCAAAGCUCAGUCAAAGCAAUCAGAUAUUUUCUUUUGAAAGAGGAUUUGCAAUUGCAUACAAGGUAAUGCUGUGGGUAUUUAGAAUUUAUUUGUAAAAUGCUCUCGUCAGUGUAUAUUUUUUUUUAUUUUUUUGUUGGUUUACAAUUGAUUUUGUAACUGGUUUGUUCACCCAAAAAUAUUGGUUCGUAUAAAAUAUUGAGAUGCAUAUGUUUAUCAACUC